UUGAUGCGUGUCGCUGGAGCACAACCUCCAAAGUGUUCCAAACGCCCCAAAAAGUGGAUUUACAAAGUGCUGAAGACGUAAGCCACGAAAUAAUUAACUGCAGUAUUAAAUAAACAGUAUUGUGUCGUCAGUUCCUAAGUGAAUCAAUACCACUAUAAAUAACCUACACGACGAGGAAUCUCAGACAUUUCAGCCCAAUCCAAACGCAACGGUUUCGCGUCUUCUCUUUCCAUUCCGCAAUCUGCACAUACACACACCGUGCAUUCGCGUGUGCGGUACGGCGGUGUACAAAUGUGCAGCUGUGGUGUAGCCUUUCAUCCGGCAACGGCAUUCCUUGUCAUCGCGCUCUUCACCUUCUUCAGAGCAAUCAACAUUGACGCCGAAUCCAUGCACUGAUUGUAUGGCUCUACAUAUUCCACAUCAACGCACACAACUGCGCAGGGAGCGAUAAAGACACGAGUGAGCGGCCGGGGGCGGCGCGGCGCGAUGGACGGCGUCUGGGAGGCGCUGUUUUUCGUCGGGGUGCUCUGGUGGGUGUUCCCGAACGUGUUCAUGCAAGGCAUACAAAGCAUCGGCAAAAUGGUUGAUCUCGUGUCGAAACGCAUGUUCGACUCAUUCCAAAAGUACGCGCCGACGAACGCCCUCUGCAACGAAUCGCUUGCAUCCAUCGAAACACUAAAAAGAUUCUCGCAUGAGAACCGCACACGCAAGAAGGAUUUCCAAAAUGCCCACGCCAAUCUUUUCGCAAUCAAAGAAGACCUGCCGCAGGUGGCGAUUGAGAUGCAACGCAAAGCAUGCAAUGGCCUCACUUGCUACUGUAUCAAAUCAACAAGUCCCGUCAACGAAUCGCGUCGGGAGCUCACCAACCUCGCGCUCAAAAACAUCCUCGACUACUGCCCAGCGACGAAAAAAGUUACCUUGAUGAACAGAAUUUUCAACCACUUGGCGCAAGUUUACGAAUUAAAGAAGUAUCCAUAUCCACAAGUUGAAGGCACUGUUGUGAGGGACGAGCGGGUGAAACGUGCAAUCGAUGCUACUUCACUGCAACAGUUUCAAGACACCGACGGUAACGAUGACGAUGUAUAUCAGGGCCUCUUGCAGCGUAAUACUGCCAGAGCGAAGAAGUUGUUGCAUGAUAUGCGCAGCAAGUUAUCCGACUUUCUGCUGCGGUUUACCAGCUGGGUGUUGUACAAACUGUUACCAUGUUUUUUGAACGCGGUAGUGGUGCAUCCACAAGAUGUGGAAAUGUUGCAACAAGCAGGCAAGACAAAUCUGCCGAUGAUUUUCUUACCUCUACACAGGUCACACUUGGAUUAUAUUCUGAUGUCGUUUAUUUUGUUGAAUAAUGAUGUAAAAUGUCCAUUGGUUGCUUCCGGGGAUAAUUUAAGGAUUCCUUUCUUUGGAUCUUUACUGCGUGGUCUCGGAGCGUUUUUCAUCAAACGCCGUGUGGAUCCAAUCAUGGGUCGUAAAGAUUUACUCUACAAAACGAUUUUGCACACAUAUAUGAACGAAUCACUCCGCGCCGGUCACAACAUUGAAUUCUUCCUCGAGGGAGGCCGCACGCGAACUGGUAAACCAUGCAUGCCGAAGUAUGGCAUCCUCAGCGUUAUAGUUGAGGCUGUUAUCGACGGCACGGUGGAAGAUGCUCUGCUUGUGCCUGUGAGCAUCAAUUACGAGAAACUGGUGGAUGGUAACUUUGUUCGCGAGCAGCUGGGACAGCCCAAAGAAAUGGAAAGUUUUUGGUCGGCGAUCAAAGCUAUCUGGCAUGUGCUCAACAGUAACUAUGGCAUGAUCCGCGUGGAUUUUAACCAGCCGUUUUCAUUGUGUAAGAUGAUCAAGACGUUUAACACGAACGGACGUAUUCCGACCACUUUCAAUAAGCAGUUGAAAUCGAAUCCGUCGAGCACUAGUCUUUAUGGUACUGAUGUCGUGUCGGAUGAGCACAAGAGUAUAGUUGAGAGUAUAUCAAAACAUGUUAUUUAUGAUUGUUCAUUUACACAAGCAGUAAUGUCCACAAAUGCAGUGGCGUUUUUGUUGCUGAAUAAAUUCCGCAACGGUUGCAAAGCACAAGUACUGGUCGACGCACUAGAAGAGUUAAAGCUAGACUUAAUUGCCAAAGGAAAAGAAAUCGGUUUUGUUGGAGAUAAUUUAGAUAUAAUUAACUAUUCAAUUGAUUUAUUAGGUCCGGGCCUAGUCCGCAAAGAAAAAGACAAACACGAAGAAUACAUCCGCCCCGUCGCGAUGCUUCCCAAUGUGAUAGAACUCUCCUACUACAGCAACGCCCUCGUGCCAACAUUCGCACUAGAUUCACUCAUUGCAAUCUCCCUGUUUGCGAUGGACCUCAGUAAAGGCUAUGUAGAUCAGACCGAUCUAAUCGAGCACUGCACGCGACUCUGCGAUCAUCUACAAUACGAGUUUAUUUUCUGCAAACCGUGCCAAACCUUAGAGGAUAAUAUUUUGGGCGCCAUUGACAACAUGAUACAACGACACGAAUGCUUUAGUUUGGAACCUAGAAAUGAAGACACAUCAUCAAAACGAGUAUAUUUCAAUGCUGAUAUGGAUGACGAUAAUGAUGUAUAUAUCAGACCUGUACGACUCUAUUUGAACUCCAAAGGCAAAGAUCAUUUAUUGUUUCUGCGAUCGCUGUUGAUGCCGUUGGUGGAUAUUUACGCUGUGACAGCUGAGUGCAUGACGCAGCUUGUCGGCCGGAAUCUGCAUGAACGUGAAUUGGUCGGUGAUAUCUUGGAGUAUAUUAGGACACAACUACGUGCUGGAUCUCUGCAAUAUCAAGAAUCCGUGUCAGUAGAUCCGAUCAAAAACGCAUUAAAACUCUUCCAAAAAAUGGACCUUGUUGAAAUCCACCAGGAGAAGAAAAUCCGUCUGUACUACCUCAAAGAUGAGCAAGACAACGAUGAAAGCGUACGCGUUGUUUACGACAAAAUCAAUGCAUACCGAAGGAAACAAACGCUUGAUGAUGACAUCUUUGAUAAACUGGCAACGAGAGAAGAUGAAGAUGAAGUAGAUGAUGAGGAAGAGGAGGAGGAGUUGGUGGAGUUUGCAUGAUGUGCCUUUUUGACUAUGUGUGUCUGAGUAUACUAACAGAUAUCAAAACUAAAACGACAACGAACCGAAACCAAACUAAUGCAGAGUAGUAAGAGUGGUGUGACUCUUUAAAAAACGUACUUUGAGUUGAAUUUAAAUUUAAAAAAUAAUCAUUAGAAUCACCAUUAUGAGCAGUUAACUUCUGUGAUAAUGAUCAAAGACUUAUAAUUGUAAAGCUGUAAAUGCGUAACAGGACAGGAAAACAUACCUUGGCUCUAAAUAUUCAAUGUAAACAGGUUUUUGUUUUGUUUUAACCUAGGAAGAGGAUUAUUUUGUAAUUCUAGCUCGCGUGGCGUGGAGAGGAGUAGUUUAAUUUAAUACGUAAGCGUGUAUAGGAAAAGUGCGGAGCGGAUUUUCUGUACAAAAGUGAAAACAAUAAAAAUCAUUAUAAUUUU